AUAUCAGCACACUCAGGCCCAGGAGGACGGGCAGCAUGUCUCCCCGGCCCGACCCGAGACCUCCAACGCCAGGAGCCUCAUGGACAUCGGCACCCGCCGCAUCUUCAACGAAGACCACGACAUGUUCAGGCAGAGCGUCCGGCGUUUCUUCCAAGAGGAGGUGGUUCCACAUCACAAAGAGUGGGAGAAGGCAGGUCAGGUGAGCAGGGAGGCAUGGGAGAAGGCUGGUGAGCAAGGCCUGCUGGGUGUGAUGAUACCAGAGGAGCACGGCGGCAUCGGGGGAGACCUGUAUUCAACCGCUAUAACAUGGGAGGAGCAAAUGUAUUGCAACUGCACUGGCCCGGGGUUCGCCCUGCACUCUGACAUCGUCAUGCCCUACAUCGUCAACUACGGCAGCAAGGAGCAGGUGGAGCGCUUCGUCCCCACCAUGACUGCCGGCAAAUGCAUCGGCGCCAUCGCCAUGACCGAGCCGGGAGCGGGAAGGUGGUGCGACGCCCACUCCUGGCACAUGGGGGACGGCCAGCUAUUUGCAUCUCUGCUG